CGCGGGGCGGCGGGCGCGGAGAUGCCUGGCCGCGGGGGCUCGCGCGGCCCGAAGAGAAAAAGAAACCGGGAUCUUGUGGAAUACCCCUCCUUUCCGGGAGAGUGUCCACCGCAGUCCAGAAGAGCAGGCCUCAGGGCAGUGGGGGCCACUGCCUCCCUCGCAGAAGCAUGGCUCAGGUGUGAAGAAGGAUUUCAGGAUUCUCCUGGGACUCGGUCAUUAGCAGCUGAAAAGAAGACUAUUAUAGAGAAGCACCUUGAAUUGUUUGCUAGUCCCAAAAAAGAAACUACCACAUCUAAGAGUGCCAGUGGGCUUACAGAUAUAACUUGGAGCUCCAGUGGAAGUGAUCAGUCAGAUGAAGAUGAACUGCAGUUUGUUGACUGGGAGAGGGACAGUGACAGGGAAGAUACUAAUGAUGAGAAUGAAUUUGAAGACAGUGAGAGUGCUGCGGAAGAUGGCGAGAGUGCUGCGGAAAUAUCAGACUGUGCUUCUUGUGCAAGCAGUCAUUCUCUGACAAGUGAAGAGAGAGUAUCUGAGCUUCCUAAGACAAGUUCUACAGAAAUUUUGGAGUAUUCAUCAGAUGGUGAAAGCAAAGAUAACUCAGAGAAUGGCUUUUUCAUUGAGUCCGAAUCCUCUCGCAAACACCCGGUGGAGUUUGGAUCAGAUGGAGGAAAAGUUAUGGACAGACGGGUAAUCCCAAGGGUGAAACCUACAGACAGCAUUUUGUACACCCCCGAGAAACAGAUGAAGUUGCCUAGGACUCCUGAAAAAUCAGCAAAUAAGAAGCAGCUUUCAAGGGGCGGGCUAGCAGAAAGACUAAAUGGACUGCAGAAUCGAGAGAGAUCUGCCAUUUCCUUGUGGAGACAUCAGUGUGUUUCUUACCAAAAGACACUUUCAGGUAGCAGAUCUGGUGUAUUAACUGUGAAAAUUCUAGAGCUGCAUGAAGAAUGCACCAUCCAAGUCGCCAUGUGUGAGCAGUUAGUGGGACUGCAGGCUGGCGACUCUUCUCAAGGUGAAGCCUCUGGGCCUGGCCUGAAGGUUCUCUUCACCAAGGAGACUGCACACCAUCUCAGGGGGCAGCCCCAAGACAUCAUCCACAUCUACCCUCCCUGGCAAAAGCUUAUUAUCCCAAAUGAAAGUUGCCCUGUUAUUCUGAAUACUUAUUUCUGUAAGAAAGUUGUUGCCAAAGAAGAUUCAAGAACAACACAUGAAGUGCACUUUUGGGACACACCCCUUCCAAGAAGAAACAUCACCUUAUCCCAGAUGUUUAGAUUUAAGAGUCUAACAAAUAAUUCACCUGAAAGCCAGGUUCUGUGCAGUCUCCCCACGCUGAGGACAGACUGGACCCACAGGCACUGCUCAUCUCAAGCGCCCCUGAGCGACUCGCUCCUGGACACAGUAGAAAGCCAAGGAGCUGCCACGUGGUCAGGAGUUGGAGUCCCAGUGGUGGUGCAGAGAGUUUACUUUCUUCCCUGCAGGUGUCAGCAGGGAGGCGGCUCCGCCUCUCUGCCCAGCUCAGACGCACCAAGCUUCCCAAGCUUCCGAGUCUGCCUCCUCGUGCAGGAUGCCUACGGAAUGUUUGGCGAAGUACACUCAGAGGGCACCAUCUUUAAGGACAGACGGUUGGAGGGGCAGUCCUGCCGCCUGGCGGGCAUGAAGGUGCUGCAGAAGGCCAUCCGAGGAAGGACAGCAGGGCUCUUCAGUUUGAUUGACACUCUGUGGCCUCCAGUGGUACCUCUAAAAGCACCUGGCCACGGCCAGGCCUGUGAAGAGGCAAACACUCCUCUGCCUCCUCGCUUCUGUUAUGUCCUCACUGCUCACCCCACACUGGGACAGAUUGAUAUCAUUGAAGACCCUGUCUCUAAGCUUUACCAGCCCCCAGCUCCUUGCUCCCUACGAGAAAUUCUCCAGACUGGUGAUCUUGGUACCCGUUGCAGUUUCUAUGCCAGAGUGAUUUAUCAAAGACCAUUGCUAAGCAGUAUGCUUCUGGAGCAAAGGGAGAUCUGGCUGACGGUGACUGACGUCACCCUGCAAGCGCAGGAUGAAAGCCCCUCUGGCUUCCCCAGAACCCUGCCGGUCUGUGUGACCUCCUCGUGCGUGCUGGGCCAGGAGGUCCUGGAAGAACUCGCCAAGGCUGCCCCCCACAGCUUCUUCUUCAGAGACGCUCUCCGAGACCAGGGUCGGCUUGUUUGUGGUGAGCGCACUGUCCUCUCGCUGCCAGAGCCCGUGUUGGAUGUGGCCUUGGGCACUCGCUCCUGUGAGCUGCCGGGCCCUGUGAGGCUCGAUGGCCUGGAUUCCGUCACUCAGGUCAACUGCAUCUGCAGCGUCCAAGGCACUGUGGUCGCUGUGGACGAGAGCACGGCCUUCUCCUGGCCUGUGUGUGACCGGUGUGGCAGCCAGAGAUUGGAACAGAGCCCAGAAGACAGCGACAGAGGCGCCUUUUCCUGUGCAGACUGCUCCCGCGUGGUCACCUCUCCUGGCCUCCGACGGCACCUCCAGGUCUUCCUGGCCUGCCCCGCGCGGCCCCAGUGCACAGUGAGGGUCAAGCUGAUGCAGAGCAGUAUCGCCUCGAUCCUGAGGUUCGCCGCCGGUGAGGACGGGGACUUACGUGUAGACAUCAGCCAUGCGUUUUCCAGUCUGGAUUCUAUCUGUUUUCUGUGUGAAUGCACAUUUGCCAAAAUCCAGAGAAUCACAUAGGACUUUCUAUGGAACCAUAACUCCAUGCCCUGGAAUGAAGGCACUGCCUCUGGGUAGGAUACGUGAGUGUACGUGUUCUGCCUUCGCUUUAAUGGGGUCCAGCUACAGGAGUGAGAGCAAUGGGGUUGCUGUCCCUGUACAUGUCGGUGCAUUCACUGUAACACUGCAGUGACAUGAAACUCGGACUUCGUUUCCUUAGCUUUCAGAAAAAGAAAAGUUAAAGGAAAAAUAUAUGGUACCUUUUAAAAACAGAGACACAUUUUACACAUUCGCACAUAUACAUUUAUAUGGGAGUACAGAUGCAUUUGUUGGUGUGUGUGAUUUUUACCUACCUGUAUUAAUUGCCAGCAAAUAUAAAGUAUGUGUAAUUUAAUCUUUGUUUAUAAAUUAUAGUUGUUAUUGAAGACGGUAGCUGCCAAACCUGACAUUUUUUAAAGUGAUUUUUUGCUGACUUUUUUCAAGUCAGAAUUCCGUACUUUCACCCCAAGUAAAAGUGGAGGAAUGCCUGGGCGUCUGUGUCACACACACACAGCAUGCAAGGCGAUUAAAUGGCCAACAGAGAAAUGGCUGCUGUCGUCUCCCUGCCCAGCCCGGGGUGGUGGCGGCCUCUGCACACCCUGUGCGCGCUGUCCGGACUGGCAACCUGGCAGCUCCGGUCACUGCCAUCGCGGUGGCAGGCCCUUCGUGGCCUCGCAGUGGCCCUCAGUGAGUGACCGGGGAUGGGCUUAAAGUUGACGUCUGUGUCACAUAGGAUCCCAAGUGCAGGCAGACCUUUGCCGCCAUUGGUGUCAGAUAUUUUAGCUCCGUCACUUCCCAGCAGCUCUCCCUCCCGUCACUCCAUUCGACCACUCUGUUGACCUUACACGAACUUUUACUGAGCAAUGAAAACUCUUUACAGAUCGCACUAGUAUGUUAGGCAUUGCCACCAUGCCCGCCUCCUAGCAGAAGGAAGGGAUCACACCCAGACUGAUCCUGAUAUUUCCUGCUUCACAACAAACCAUCUCACAGCUCAGUGGCCUGUGGGCAGGACGGGGUUCUGCCGGGACAGCUCAUCUCGCUCCAGUGGGCGUCAGCUGGUGGCCAGAGGCUGGGCUGGAGCCCCAGAAGGCCUUCGGUCCCCCCUGGCUUUUGUGCUCCAAUUGGCUGGGACCUGCCCGGGCUCCGGCCAGACACCCACACAGCACGUGUCUGGGUCCCCAGAGAGGCCGGCAGAGAGCGCCGGGCGCCUUUCCUGGCCACGCUUGGGACGAACUCAGUGCCCUGUCCACCGCUCUGUUCCAGAAAAGCGUCCCUGAGCCCAGCUUAGACCCGGUGAGGGCAGUGACGCUCACCUUCGAUGGGAGGGCACCGAGAAGCACAGACAUGUGCCUACUUUGUAAGACAUGCUGAGCAAAGCCAUUGUAGGGAUCUGUCAAGUGUAUCCCAUGUAUUUAGCCCACCUCGGCCUCAGAGAGAAAUGUUCUGAGGUUUGAUCUAGAGCAAGCAUAUUAAACUCGCAGGCCGCAUGCCUCGUUUGUUUGGCCCGUGGUAGCCUCUGAGUUUGACAUGCUUGAUCUGGAGAGACUAAUGAGAGCAUACCACACCUUCCUAGUCUGUGUUUUCAUCAAGAGAUGAAAGCUGGCCAAGAUGAACUGACCACCGAGAUAUUCAUCAGAACGUGAAUAAAAAGCUUCUUACAACACGCAGUGUGAGUCUAGAAGAAAUAGUAUCCCAUUGAAGAGGGAAGUUUAGGGGCAAAAUACCAGAGAAUCCUUUGACCAGAAGUGUUGCUAGUUUGGGGAAGUGUCCCAAAGGAAGUGGGAGGCAGCUGCAAGCACGAUGCGCGCCCAGCCCCAGCGUUCGCAGCUAAUAAACAGGGCUCGUCCCCGUGCACGUCCUCCGCUCCUCUCCCAGGGCAGCCAGCCGGGAGAGGCUCAUCGUUGCAUCCACGAACAAACAUCAGUAACAUUUUAAA